AUGCACAAAUGUCUCAUGCUCGCGACACAGAACAGUUUCGACAGUCUCGAUGAUGAUACCAAUAGCGACUUGCAAAUGACACACCAUCGCAAUACUAUUCUUGAUGCUCUCGAUGAGCUAGAACUCAUGGAAGUCGACAAUGAUCCCAAUGCUGAUCAAACAGAUACCGACGAUGACAAAUCACAAGAACUCGAAAUACUAGACUCUGCUACAGGCCCUGUUGUACCACCAAAGAUUCCUACCCCCCCUCCGACAGUGGAUAUCUCAUACAUGGUCUCUAUCCUCUCGGCUAGUGAAAUGAAGAAGGCCAAGAGCAAACGAGAGCCAGUCAACACAUCCAUCGACCUUCGCACUGAUGAACCAUGGGACACUCUCAAAGCACAGAUUCUUGUGAAGAUCUCAACAGCAAUCAAUCCCCGCAUGCUCCAUUUUGACGACUACUCACUUACCUAUCACAUCUCUUGGGUUCUACCUAAACCUGGCCUAUCUCUCUUGACUGAGGCUGACUACAAUGGUAUGAUGAAACAGGUCGACGGAAUGGCUGCGAAGGCUCCAACUGUCAACAUCAAUGUUAUCCAAACACAGCCAGCUAGCAACAACAAUGAAAACCAGGGCGAGGAUGAAUCAGAGCUUGCAAAGUCCAAGAUGAAGAAACAAAAAGAGUCAGCUGCGAUUCUUCCAGGAAACAAAAAGAAAGUAGCAAACAUUCAGCUUUUACAAGAUCACUGGAUCUGCAAAAAGACUGAUUCUGCCUGUGCAUCAACCCAUUGUUAUGUGAUUCCUGGAUCUGAAGAACACUUUCCGCUCGGACAUCAGCAGCUCGACUGCUGGGCUUCUGCAAUGGUUGAUAUUUCCUCUCUGGCCAUCAGCCCAGUCUUACAGUGCCGACUCGAUGCACAGGCCAAGACAGUGACAGAACCCACAUCUUCAACUCCUGUUGUCAACAUCACAUUCGGCAAUGAGUUUGCAAGUCUUUUCAAGUCGAGCCACACAGCUCUGAACACAACAACCUCAGGAAUUGGGCCAGUGCCAAUCUCCACAUCUUCGCUCAUUCCCCCAUUGCGCAAGCCUGGCAAUGACAUGUCCAUUGUGGCCUUCUGUGCCCUGUACCAGCUUGACGACAGCAUCACUACAAAAUUUGCUUCUCAUUCAUUCAAGGAAGCGCACUUACUCCGUUAUGUGACCUUUUCAGACCUCAAGGAGAUGGAGUUCAAGUUUGGUGAGAUAGCUGCAUUACGUGAUGCUGUUGAGAGGUGGUCUAUUCCUACUAGUAUGGCAUGA